CAAAAGACGUUACGUAUGUGACAUUUGCACCUUCGCAAUCUCGUUCUCUCUCUCUCUCUCCCCCCCUCUCUCUUUCUUUCUCUUUGCCCUUGCGUGAACGAGUACGUUUUUCAAGUGUCGGAAGCGCGAGAGGUUUAAGGAAACGGAAGUGGCGUGUGUGUUUGUAGUUACUGCCAGUUCUGCGUCAAUAAACUAUCGCGUCGUCAGGUCGUCACCAGUCGUCACCAGCGAGUAACGUUGUUGAAGCCACGUUGUGUACUCAAGAAAAACGUAUUUACCUUUCUAUUAUGUCGACUGCAAAAAACGUGCUCGAAAUGAGUUGGGAUAAUGUUGUCAAUUAUUUGCAAUAUAUUUCGGAACCUAAAAAAACGAUACCUCAAAACGGCAUAAAAAAUAUGAAAUGCGAGAGUGAGCUAAUGUCUCAUUUAUUGACCAAUCAACAAAUUACAAAAUGUAUAUCUUUAUGGCUGAGCAAACUUUACGAUAAAAGAGAGUUGAGAAAAGAAAAAAAAAAUCUGGAUACAUCAAUGUUUUACAAGUCAGAAGGGAACAAAGAAUUUCAAUUAAAAAAUUAUAACACGUCUCUGAAAUUAUAUACGAAAAGUGCGAUAUACGCUCCAUCAAGUAGCAUAGAUCUGCCAGUAGCAGUUGCAAAUAGAUCAGCAGCCUUGUUUUAUUUGGAAAGAUGGCAAGAUUGUAUCAAAGAUAUCGAACUGGCGAUUAAAUUAGGCUAUCCGGAGAAAUCACGGGGCAAAUUAUAUCUGCGUAUAGUUGAGUGUUAUUUGAAGCUAAAUAAAAAAAUACUAGCUGCUCGAAUUAUUUCUGAAUUGAACAAUUCGAAUCAAUACGAUAUGACAAAUGAACAGAGAGAGCGAUUACAGAAAAUGAAUGAAAUAAAACUGCAAUCUGUAAAUGCUAUUGACGGGAUAAACGAUGUACAUCGUACAUGUAACAUCGUGAAUGUAACAGAAUCUCCUUCACAACCUAAACUUAAGCGCCUAAAAUCUGGUGAAAAUCCUAAUUUUCGAUCUGCAUCGGCGAGUAUAGAAGUGAAGCAUGCGCCAGGAAAAGGGAGAUAUGUUGUUGCUAAUAGAAAUAUCAAAAAGGGUGAAACUCUUUUCGUUGAAGAUGCAUUCACCUUUGUGUUAGUAAAUAACAACAAAGACAAUACUCAUUGUCACAAUUGUUGCAAGAGCUACCUCGAUGUUCCUGUACCAUGUACAGAGUGUGUGGACACUUUGUUUUGCAAUAUGAAAUGUUGGGACGAGGCAUGCUUGUCUUAUCAUCGUUGGCUAUGUCUUGCCAGUCAAAUGGGCCUUUUGCGGCAGAUUGGCAUAACACAUUUGGCUUUAAAAUUAUUGUGUGUGUGUGCAACUACAACCAACAAUGAAAAAUUUAAUGAUGUACAACAGCUAGUGACCAAUUUUAAUAAACUUACUCCAGAAGACGCUUUUUCGUAUGGAAUUACGGCCAUUAUGCUUACAUUCUAUUUAUCAAAAUAUACAGAUUUUUUUAAAGAUAUCAAUUUAAAAGAAUGUUUAGCAUCGAAGUUUUCCAAUGAUGAUUUUAAUAUUAAAUGUGACCUUGUAACAGAAGAUGAUAAACGAUUGUAUGUAAGUUCUUUAUUGUUUAGACAUAUACUGCAGCUUGUAUGUAAUGGACAUGCUAUCACGAAGAUAAACGUGACAGCAGAUGAUCAUGAAAAUAAACUUCUUAUUGAGGAACAAAUUAGAAUAGCUACGGCGAUUUAUCCUUCUGCAAGUAUGAUGAAUCAUUCUUGUGACCCUAAUAUAAUUAAUAGCUUUUUAGAUCAGACUUUAAUAGUUAAAGCUAUACAGGAUAUUAAAGAGGGUGAAGAAAUUCUUCAUUGUUAUGGAGUCGAUUUCAGAAGAAUGCCAAAAGCAGAAAGGCAAGAAAGUUUGGAAAGUCAAUAUUAUUUUACAUGUAAUUGUAAAGCAUGCACAAUGCCAGAAUAUGAAAAUUUUAUGAAAAGAUUUACUGCGAUAAAGUGCCCUGAAUGCAGUGGACCAUUAUUAUUAUGUGAUGAUCAUGAUCCUCCGAUGCUUUGCUCAGAUUGUGGAGCAACAGUUUUUGAAUUAACUUAUAUAUAUAAAGCAAAACAAGCACAAGUUUAUGCUAAGAAUUAUUUCAAAGAAGCAGAAUAUUACAUAAGGGAAGGAAACUUGGAAGAGGCAGUUAUUGAAUUAAAGAAAUGCUUGUCUCUUAGGAAAAACAUUUUAUAUAAAUACCAUGAGGACAUUAUUAUAACCUUGGAUUUGUUGGCAAAGUUAUAUAUUAGUAUAGAUCAACGAUUGCCUGCCAUUUAUCAUCUUGAACACACCAUUGUGGCGAUUGAAGAAAGAUAUGGUUCUUGCAGCAUAGAACUUUGCAAUGAAUUAAAUAAAAUAACGGAUAUAUGCAUUACUUAUUUGCAAAUGGAAUCUAACACGACAUCCAAAUUUUAUAAAAAUAUUUUGAAAAAAACACGACGAUAUCUAAAUAAUGCUCAACAAAUCCUAGAUAUCGUUUAUGGUCCAUGGCAUGAAAUUUAUAAUGAAAUUGAAACAAAGAUGGCGAUUCUUUUCAAUAUUUUACAAAAUUUUAAUGUCUGAUAUAUAUGUAAUCAAUCUGUAAUGUGUGAUAGAUGAGUAAAUAAAAAAUGCACAAAAAAAUGUUCUUCAUAUAUUCUCAAAAGCAUAGUCAUCUUUCCAUACAUUUUUUUUUAGUAACGAGAUAUAACAUUUUGAUAG